UUGAUGGCGCUGCGUGUGAAACGUCUAGAAGCAGCCAGACAGGCAGCUUCCUCAGAUAUAAGGCGGCUGGUCGGAGCGCAGAGGCAGAAACAGAGAGAGAUCAGACCGCAGCAGAAGAUCCAGAGAGGAAGGAGGAGCUCGAUCCUCUUCACAACACAGACCACUCAACUCUAACCUACGGCCGUCUCCGGUGAAAAUGUCCGCAGCUAAAGGCGUAGCGAUCGGCAUCGACCUGGGCACCACCUACUCCUGCGUGGGGGUUUUCCAGCACGGAAAAGUAGAAAUCAUCGCCAACGACCAGGGCAACAGGACCACGCCCAGCUAUGUGGCGUUCACCGACAGCGAGAGGCUCAUUGGGGACGCAGCCAAGAACCAGGUGGCUUUGAACCCCAGCAACACUGUGUUUGAUGCCAAGAGACUGAUUGGAAGAAAGCUGGACGAUCCGGUGGUGCAGGCUGACAUGAAGCACUGGCCCUUCAAGGUGGUCGGAGACGGAGGCAAGCCCAAAAUUCAGGUGGAAUACAAAGGGGAGGACAAAGCCUUCUACCCCGAGGAGAUUUCCUCCAUGGUCCUGGUGAAGAUGAAGGAGAUCGCUGAGGCCUACCUGGGCCACAAGGUGUCCAGCGCAGUCAUCACGGUCCCGGCGUACUUCAACGACUCCCAGCGACAGGCGACUAAAGACGCAGGCGUCAUCGCGGGACUGAACGUCCUGAGGAUCAUCAACGAGCCGACGGCAGCCGCCAUCGCGUACGGUCUGGACAAAGGCAGGACAGGAGAACGUAACGUCCUGAUCUUUGACCUGGGUGGAGGCACCUUCGACGUGUCCAUCCUGACCAUCGAAGACGGCAUCUUUGAGGUCAAAGCCACGGCUGGAGACACUCACCUGGGUGGAGAAGACUUUGACAACCGCAUGGUCAACCACUUUGUGGAGGAGUUCAAGAGGAAACACAAGAAGGACAUCGGGCAGAACAAGAGAGCCUUGAGGAGGCUGCGCACAGCUUGCGAGAGGGCCAAGAGAACCCUGUCCUCCAGCUCCCAGGCCAGCGUCGAGAUCGACUCUCUGUUUGAGGGCAUCGACUUCUACACCUCCAUCACCAGGGCUCGCUUUGAGGAGCUGUGCUCCGACCUGUUCAGGGGAACGUUAGAGCCGGUGGAGAAAGCCCUGAGGGACGCCAAAAUGGACAAGGCGCAGAUCCACGACGCCGCCCUGGUCGGAGGCUCCACCCGAAUCCCCAAAAUCCAGAAGCUCCUGCAGGAUUUCUUCAACGGCAGGGAGCUGAACAAGAGCAUCAACCCAGACGAGGCGGUGGCUUACGGUGCUGCCGCCCAGGCCGCCAUCCUCACAGGCGAUACCUCGGGCAACGUUCAGGACCUGCUGCUGCUGGACGUGGCGCCUCUGUCCCUGGGUAUCGAGACAGCUGGAGGAGUCAUGACGUCCCUGAUCAAACGCAACACCACCAUCCCCACUAAACAAACCCAGGUCUUCAGCACCUACUCUGACAACCAGCCCGGGGUCCUCAUCCAGGUCUACGAAGGGGAAAGAGCCAUGACCAAGGACAACAACCUGCUGGGCACGUUUGAGCUGACAGGAAUCCCACCCGCUCCACGAGGGGUCCCGCAGAUCGAGGUCACCUUCGACGUGGACGCCAACGGCAUUUUGAACGUGUCUGCGGUGGACAAAAGCACCGGCAAAGAGAACAAGAUCACCAUCACCAACGAUAAGGGCCGACUGAGCAAAGAAGAGAUCGAGAGGAUGGUGCAGGACGCUGACAAAUACAAAGCUGAGGACGACCUUCAGAGGGACAAAAUCGCCGCCAAGAACUCGCUGGAGUCCUACGCCUUCAACGUGAAGAGCACUGUGCAGGACGAGAAGUUGAAGGGCAAAAUCAGCGAGGAGGACCAGAAGAAGCUGAUGGAGAAGUGCGACGAGACCAUCGCCUGGCUGGAGAACAACCAGCUGGCUGAUAAAGAGGAGUACCAACACCAGCAGAAGGAGCUGGAGAAAGUGUGUAACCCCAUCAUCAGCAAGUUGUAUCAGGGAGGAAUGCCCACUGGUAGUUGUAGAGAGCAGGCACGAGCCGGCUCCCAGGGGCCCACCAUUGAGGAGGUGGACUAAAGUGGCCCUUCAUAUGGACUCUAUGAUCACUGGGACUGUUUAACGUUCAACUGUAACCUCCUGCCGUUUGUUCGCAAGUUUGUUCCUUAUUUUAUAUGUGAUGUAUAAGAUGUAAGGAUCCAAAAUGUCCACAUAUCUUCCAUGUAAAUAAAUGUUUCAUCUCUGCAUUACGAUCCCAACAGUGGUUUAGGAUACAACUGUAGUUUUAUACCUUCUUGAAGUUCAUAUGUUUUUGUCCUUUUUGUAAAUGUACAAGUUUAAAUGUAUUUUUCAUCUCUGCCUUGCUGGACUUUGCAAUAAAGAUGAACGUCUAAUAGAA